CAGAGACAAUUUUAACUUAGCCAUUCCUAAUUUAUCUCAAGCAUUUUCAAUUCAUCUUCACUGCUCUAUGCACACAGGAACACCAGAUUGCCAUCCCUGGGGAACAGAAUGCAACCAGGGAUCUGGAGAGCUGUCACAUUCCAAGAAAUAUUUAAAUUGUGCUGAUUUUCUUCUGGAGAACUGAGCCCAGGGAAUGAAACUCUCCAUCAAGUCAUAGCUUUGCGGGCAAUAGAUCAGAGGAUAUUGCCAGUUUUCUAAUGGAUUAUUGUUAUCGGGCAGGUUUUCUCUGAAGCCUCUCAGCUGCUGUUACAUCCUUCUUGGAUGGAUUCACCCAGAAAGCACAACCCUGAUUUUGCCUGAGAAGGACUACUAACAGAACCUGAAACUGUAUCAACAUUUUCUGUACAGGACAGAUUCUGACAGCUUCUUUCUUAAGAUUAAUCUCCAACCUCAAAAAUAUUUUCAUUAUGCACUCAGGCCAUAGUUUCCUAAUCAAUAAAGUAAUUCCUACCACGGAGAAUGAAAAGGAAGAGAGACUGAAAGCCCAGCAGCGGAACUCACCAACUAGCUUCCCUCUUCCGGUUCAGGGGCUGAUACUUCAGCAACAAAUGAUGAAUGGCAGGAUAGAAUGUUUAAGUUUUAUCAAAUGAAGCACAUUUUUGAAAUACUCGAUAAAAUGAGAUGCCUGCGAAAGCGUUCCACAGUGUCAUUCUUGGGAGUUCUUGUCAUUUUCCUUCUCUUUAUGAACUUGUACAUUGAAGACAGCUAUGUUCUGGAAGGAGACAAACAACUUAUAAGGGAAACAUCCACACACCAGCUGAAUUCAGAACGUUAUGUGCACACUUUCAAAGAUUUAUCUAAUUUCUCAGGAGCCAUCAAUGUCACCUAUCGCUACUUAGCUGCCACGCCUUUACAAAGAAAGCGGUUUCUUACAAUUGGACUUUCAUCAGUGAAACGAAAAAAAGGAAACUAUUUACUUGAGACGAUCAAGUCAAUUUUUGAGCAAUCCAGCUAUGAAGAGCUGAAGGAAAUUUCAGUGGUGGUUCACCUGGCAGACUUUAAUUCAUCCUGGCGUGAUGUCAUGGUCCAGGAUAUUACACAGAAAUUUGCCCACCAUAUUAUUGCAGGAAGAUUAAUAGUUAUACAUGCUCCAGAGGAAUAUUACCCAAUCCUGGAUGGCCUUAAAAGAAAUUACAAUGAUCCAGAAGACAGAGUCAGAUUUCGUUCUAAGCAAAAUGUAGAUUAUGCUUUUCUGCUUAAUUUUUGUGCCAAUACUUCAGACUAUUAUGUAAUGCUUGAAGAUGACGUUCGAUGUUCAAAAAAUUUCUUAACUGCCAUCAAGAAAGUCAUUACAUCCCUAGAAGGAACCUACUGGGUAACUCUUGAGUUCUCUAAGCUGGGCUACAUUGGAAAACUUUAUCAUUCUCAUGAUCUCCCACGUUUGGCACACUUUUUAUUAAUGUUUUAUCAAGAAAUGCCUUGUGAUUGGCUAUUGACUCAUUUUCGAGGUCUUUUAGCUCAGAAAAAUGUGAUCCGUUUUAAACCAUCUCUCUUUCAGCACAUGGGUUAUUAUUCAUCGUAUAAAGGGACUGAGAAUAAGCUGAAAGAUGAUGAUUUUGAAGAAGAGUCAUUUGACAUCCCUGAUAACCCUCCUGCAAAUCUCUACACCAAUAUGAAUGUUUUCGAAAAUUAUGAAGCAAGCAAGGCUUAUAGUAGUGUUGAUGAGUACUUUUGGGGGAAACCACCUUCAGUAGGAGAUGUCUUUGUGAUUAUAUUUGAGAACCCAAUUUUAAUUAAAAAAAUUAAAGUGAGUACUGGAACAGAAGAUCGGCAAAAUGACAUUUUACAUCAUGGAGCCCUAGAUGUUGGGGAAAAUGUUGUAGAUUUCAAACAAAGUAGACAUUGUGUUACUUACUUAAGACUAGGGGAAUUCAAAAACGGAAACUUUGAAAUGUCAGAGGUGAAUCAAAAAAUUCCAUUUGACAUAAAUUGUAUAAGGAUAUAUGUUACCAAAACACAAAAAGAAUGGCUGAUUAUUAGGAGCAUUAGCAUUUGGACUUUUUAACCAAUUAAAUCGAUAUGUCCAGCUAUCAAAGCAGGCUUUCCUGUUUCCUUUUUUGCUACCUUCCCUUUUGCUAUUGUUUGUUGGAGAGAAAGCAAUGGAUGGGAUAUUUUCAAGGAAAAGUCUAAUCAUUUUGGCAGUUUUGAUUUUCGUAUUGUCAACAUAAUUUUAUUCUAAUCCACACUUGUAUUUAUUUUAACUUCUAAAGUUUAUAGUUAAUGCUACUUUCAUUUAUAUUUUUAAUGUGUUGAUGUUAGUUCCAAAAUUUUAAUUAAAUGUCAAAAAUAUGACAUGAAAGAUUUAAAGUGAGAAAAUUUAGUUUGCUGGAUGGUGAGUCUUGAAAAACAGUUGCCAAUUGUGUGCACUUCCUCAAGAGUUAAAGCAUUCAUUAUAUCAUCAGAUAGCUUUUAUUAAGCAUCUAUGUGAAUAUGCAGUUGGUUAGAAUGAUAAUCUUUUUUUUAUUGUAAACAUAGAUUUUCAUAGACUUCUGUACAUCUACAAUGAAUACCUCCUCAUAGAAGUGAUGUCUUUACAACAGAAUUUUGUGCAUAGGUGGAGUGAUGGAAAGAAAAAAAAAAUGACUUAAAAUAUUUCUCCCCUGAUCAUUUAUACA